CAGUAACAUUUGCAUAACCCGGCGCUAUCCUAAUCCUCGAUUUCUCCCCUGCUCGUAGUUGUCGCUGUUCGUCGUCGAAGUCGCUGAGAGCGAGAGCGAAAACCAUGUUCCUAAUCUUUGCUCUUGACGACCCUUUUUGUUGGGUUUUUAAAUCUGUGGAUGUUACAUUGACUCCCCGUGAUUUUCUUGAUUCGCUUGCUGCGCAUGAGAGAAAUGGGAGAUCUUUUGCUCCUCUUGCGUUUUCCCCGCGGAAAAGGCGUUGGUUCCCACCACUCUUUGUCCUCGUCCGGCACCACCCGUUUUGCACCACAAGUUUGUCAAAAUGCCCGCGACAAAAUUGAAUCUUUGCUUAGGGAUAGUGAAAAAUGCACGCACCACCCAGAUAUUUUAAAGUGUUUUUACACGCUUGCGAGUCCUUUGCGAUUUCUCUUAAUUCGUAGUCUUUCACUGGGUAAUGCGUUAUCGAGUUUUCCCCUUAGUUCAUACCGAUUGGCAUCGCUUCCAAGACUCCCUUGUUUUGGUUUUUUUUGUCUAUCUUGUUCCGAAAUUUCUAUAUCUGUCGCAGAGCUCUGUGUAUCUUUGAAAUAAGGUACUAUAUAAGGAUAGAUUUAAGGUAAGAUUGGUGUUCUGGGGUGGUGGUGGUAAUUAUCAAAAGGGUGAGUUGGUGUGGGGUGACAAUUGGGAGCUGUUAUUAUGGAGCUGAAACUGUUGGAGGCGAAGUCUCUGUUUACAUCUGAAGCUAGCCACAUUGAAAAUAUAUUAUGCUCCCGCUCAUUCUCAAACUUCCAGGCCUCUUGUUGCGGAGGUGCUUUAGUUAAGGCUUCUUAUUCAAGCAUGUCAAGGGAUACAUAUCUGCCAGUCAGAGCUGUAGGUUCGGUUGCUCAGGAUAAACUUGCCACAGAAACCUAUUCAAUUCACAUCAACGGACUAAAACCUGCUUCUAGUCCUUAUUCCUGUGAGUUGAGAGUACUUGAUGCCUAUGAUGAUGAGUAUGGAGGAGCUCUCAUUGAUCCAGAUAAAUUACCAACUGAAGCAAAUCUAUUUGCUUCGAUGCUUCGUUUAUCCCUUAGUCGGUGGAAAAUAGAGGGAAAGAAGGGAAUUUGGCUCAAGUUACCAUCGGAGUUGUCUGAGUUUGUUCCCAUAGCAGUUAAGGAAGGUUUUCAAUACCAUCAUGCUGAAAAAGGGUAUGUCAUGCUGACAUACUGGAUUCCCGAUGGGCCUUGCAUGCUUCCUGCUAAUGCUUCUCAUCAAGUAGGAGUUGGAGGUUUCGUUAUCAAUGACGAAAAUGAGGUUCUCGUAGUGCGAGAGAAGUACUGUCCUUCAACAUGCCUCGACCUCUGGAAGUUACUGACUGGAUUUAUUCAUGAGUCGGAGGAGAUUUUUGCCGGUGCUGUCAGAGAAGUCAAGGAGGAAACAGUGAUUGAGACAGAGUUUAUGGAAGUGAUAGCAUUCAGGCAUGUUCACAAUGUGGCCUUUCAAAAGUCAGACUUGUUUUUUAUCUGCAUGCUAAAACCACUAUCGACCCAGAUCGUUGUUGAUGAUCUUGAGAUUGAAGCAGCCAAGUGGAUGCCGCUGGAAGAGUUCGUCAAGCAGCCACUCAUCCAAGGCGAUUCUAUGUUCAAGAAAAUCAUCGACAUCUGCAUCGCUCGGCUUGGGCAACGUUACUGCGGUCUAUCGGCUCAACAAGUAAUUUCCAAGUUCGACGGCAAGCAAUCCUCCCUGUACUAUAAUGUCGUCAACUCUCGAGAUUCAAACUGCCAGGCAAGCUGAAGCCUCUGUGGGUUUUUUUGAAUAUGAGCUUCAUUGCCAUCCCCAGCAGUCAUGGUCCUGAAUGUCGCAGCAACGGGCAAGAUGAACAUGUAAUUUCAGAGGUCUUCCUGGGUCUGGGUAAUUCUCGUAACACAGAGAAUGUGAUGAGCAUUGUAAUUUGUAUAUACAAGGCCGUCGGUGUAUAUUCCACUUAGUUGUGCUAGAUUUUUGUUUCCAUAUAUGUUUUUGGUCUGAAUACACGAGAAGAUGAAUGAAGUGAAAGUGAUUGUCCUACAAA